AUGCUGAACAUCUACAAGCAAUCCUUCUUUGGCUUCCUUUGGUUGUUUGUCGUGUUGCUUGAGGUCUCAUCCGCUGAAGAAGACGCCAAUGGUGUUAUUUCAAAGGACCGAGCUUCCUUGCUCUCAUUCAUGGCGGGAAUAGUUUCCCACUCCGAGCGUGCUCUUGAUAAAUGGAAUGCCUCGGGUAUCCAUGUGUGCGAGUGGUCGGGGAUUCAGUGUCACAAUGUGUCCCGUGCUGUGGUCAAGCUUGACCUCAGUGGGAGAUCAUUGAGAGGGACCAUUUCGCCUGCUCUAUCAGGCAUGUCCUCCUUGGCGGUUCUUGACUUGUCGAGGAACUUCUUUGAAGGUCAAAUUCCGCCUGAAAUCGGGUCUGUGGUCGGGCUCAAACUGCUUAGCCUGGCAUGGAAUCUUCUCGAAGGCGAAAUCCCCAGUGAACUCGGAUCACUCAGGCAAUUAAUCUACAUCGACUUGGGAAGUAACCGUCUCUCCGACAAUAUUCCCUCGGAGCUCUUUUGCAACUGGUCAAACUCCAUACAGUACAUUGACCUCUCCAACAACACUCUAACAGGGAAGUUGCCCUUGAGAGAUGAGUGUAAGCUCAAGGAACUGAAGUAUCUUCUUCUUUGGUCAAACCGGCUCACGGGUCAGGUCCCACCGGCACUUGGUAACUCCUCAAAGCUCAAGUGGCUCGACCUUGAGUCGAAUUUUCUGACAGGAGAGUUGCCUUUGGAUAUUCUCCGCAAAAUGCCAUACUUGCAAUUCCUUUACCUCUCCUACAAUGGCUUCACAAGCCAUGAUGGUAACACCAACCUGGAGCCCUUUUUCGAUGCUUUGGCUAAUUUCUCUCACUUACAAGAGCUCGAACUGGGUGCAAAUAAUCUUGGCGGAGUGAUUCCUUUGAACAUCGGAGAUCUCCCAAAGAAUCUCUCACAGUUACAUCUUGCGGAGAAUCAUAUCUAUGGCACCAUUCCUACUCAAAUCUCAAAUCUUACCAGCCUUACUCUGCUGAACUUGUCGAGCAACCUCUUGAACGGGACAAUCCCAAUCGAAUUGUGCCAAAUGGAGAGGCUAGAGAGAGUCUAUUUAUCAAACAAUUCUCUAUCAGGCGAGCUCCCUUCAGCUCUUGGGGACCUUCCCCACCUGGGUCUCUUGGAUUUAUCAAGAAACCAGCUAUCGGGCUCGAUUCCUGACUCCUUCGCAAAUUUGUCACAAUUGAGGAGGCUGUUCCUUUACAAGAACAAUCUCUCCGGGACAAUCCCACCAAGUCUAGGAAAAUGUGUCAAUUUGGAGAUCUUAGACCUCUCCCAUAAUCAAAUUUCGGGUUUACUUCCAGGAGAAGUCGCUGGUUUGAGGAGCCUGAAGUUAUACUUGAACUUGUCAAGUAAUCACUUGCAAGGGGCAAUACCUUUAGAGCUGAGCAAAAUGGACAUGGUUUUAGCCAUCGACUUAUCAUUGAACAACCUCUCUGGGAAGAUCCCUUCACAACUUGGAAGCUGCAUUGCACUCGAGCACCUCAACCUCUCUAGCAACAUCCUAGAAGGUCCUCUCCCGAGCUCAAUCGGCCAGUUGCCCUAUCUCAAGUCUCUUGAUGUUUCUUCCAACCAUUUAGCCGGAGCAUUGCCCCUGUCCCUCCAGGCAUCUCCAACUCUCAGGCAAUUUAAUGUCUCAUUCAACAACUUCUCUGGGAAUGUAUCAAGCAAGGGUGGUUUCUCCACACUAACCCUGGAGUCCUUUCUUGGGAAUCCUGAACUUUGUGGUUCCAUAAAGGAUAUGAGGCCAUGCCCAAGGAAGAAACGUCACGGUCAUGUCCUUAUCCUAUCGAUCCUCCUCUCCUUGGUCGCAAUGCCUUUGUUUUGCAUAUUCGGUUAUCCAGCCCUCACGCUCAAGACCAGGAUCAAGCGUCAGCUUUCAAUCUUCCACGAGGACAAUAACUCGGGAGACGAGGAACAGGGUAGAAAAGGGUUCAAAAGCAAGCGAUACUACUACCUCCCCAAGAUCUCACACCGCCAGUUAUUGGAGGCCACGGGUGGAUUCAGGCAAUCAAGCCUGAUCGGGUCGGGCAGGUUCGGGCAGGUCUACAAGGGGGUCCUCCAAGACGAAACCAGGAUCGCCGUCAAGGUCCUUGAUCCGCGAUUGGCCGACAUUUCGGAGAGCUUCAAGAGGGAAUGCCAAGUCUUAAGGAGGACAAGGCAUAGGAACCUAAUGAGGAUCAUCACCAUAUGUAGUAAGCCAGACUUCAAGGCCCUGGUCUUGCCAUUGAUGCCUAAUGGGAGCUUGGAAAAUCACCUCUACAGCCCCACUGGUGGGCCCACCAGUGGGCCGUUGCAUCUGACCCAAUUGGUGAGUAUCCUAUCAGAUGUGGCUGAAGGGGUGGCCUAUCUGCACCAUCACUCACCAGUUAGGGUCGUGCACUGUGACCUGAAGCCAAGCAAUAUCCUUCUUGAUGAGGACUUAACUGCCCUGGUCACUGAUUUUGGGAUUUCAAGGUUGGUGAAGAACAGUGAUGAUCAGAGCAACAAUGUUUACAAUUCGGCCUAUGACUCGGUUUCGUGCAGCUCCACUGAUGGGUUGCUGUGUGGAUCGGUUGGCUAUAUUGCUCCCGAGUAUGGAAUGGGGAAGAGGGCUUCGCCAGAAGGAGAUGUCUUUAGUUUCGGGGUCCUUGUCCUAGAGAUCAUAACGGGGAUCCGCCCCACGAAUGUCCCCUUCAGUGGGGGCUCAAGCUUGCACGAAUGGGUCAAAAGCCAUUACCCCUACAACCUUGACCCCAUCAUCGAAGAAGCUCUUGCGCGACAUAGAUGUCCUGGGAUACAAUCCGAACCCCUGAACGAGCUGUGGAGAGAGAUUGUUGUCGAGCUGAUCGAGCUCGGACUUAUGUGCACCCAAUAUAACCCCUCGACGAGGCCUAACAUGUCAGAUGUAGCCCUAGAGAUGGGAAGGUUGAAGCAAUAUCUCUCCAGUCCUUCCGAAGUGAUGAUAUUGGAGGCCUCCACCACUAAGUCCUAAUAAGCACUUCUCCUAAUCCAAUUUUAGUCCCAGGACUUCCAUUUCUCUAUCAAUUUCGCCCUUGAAGCGUUGCAAUAAGGUUCUUGAGCUCGUGCUGCUUUUCUCGAUCUUGACUUCCCUUUGGGGCGGCAAAUGGUGUCAUGAAACUCUUCCCUAGAAGAAGGGUAUGAUUGGAAAAGGCUUCAAUAAUCUUUGGUAAGAGCAGUUCCAAAUGGAGCUGACAUCAAACCGCAAUGCAGAGCUCAAGAGGACUUCAUUUUUUAGCCUAACCCAUACACCAAUAACACUUUUCUUCUUUUUGUAGUGGUGGGAUUUCGGUUGUCUAAUGAUUAAUUUGUAUCGAUCAAUUAAUUGUUUCUUGAUAAAGAUGUACCAUUAGCUCAUGAAUACCCAAUUUUGUAAUGCAAAAGAGAUAGCCUCCUACCAAACUUUUCGUGGUGAGAGGAAUUAAUCUCAACCCAAGUGGGCAGAUGUGUUCCUCAUCUUUUUUUUUUUAAAUAAUUUAUAGACAUAAAGCAGAAGUACUUUUCAUCUCU